AUGGUAGAAGAUAUAAAUUGCCUUUUUGAUUUCGCCUCAAUCAGGAAAAUUUGCUCUUUCCAAUACUUCAACUACGAUGGCGUUGGUGUAACCAAUGACCGCACACAUCUUUAUUCUCAAACUUUGCGUAAUCUUGAUAUCAUUCAAUACUUUGGCCAGAGAGGAUGGGAUGAAAGCGGCAGCAUCGACGAUACCGAUCUGCUUGAGCAAAUUAUCAAAGCAUUCCAAAACGUCGAAAAGGAUACCAGGGAAGCAGGACUACGUAGAUGGGAGGACAUUUACUCCAUCCGCAGCUAUCAAAUUUCACUUGGUCAAUCGUUGAUCUUAUUGUUGAUCAUUAUAAGUCGUUCAUGCCAAAUAAUCAGCGUAUCUGGACAGGAGUAG